GCAUGCUGACACACGUGCUGCUGCUAUCGCUGCUGGGCGCGGGCGCCGCGGUGCGCACGCGCGAGACGGUGCGGCGCGUGGUGCUGCUGCGCACCAGCGGCUCCGACCUGGCGCCCGCCGCCAGCGGCUACAUCUACAGCAAGGGCGGCGGCCGCGAGAGUGUGGUGGCCAUGGCCGAGCGCGAGGUCAUGGCGCACCUGGCCGACAUGUCCUCCGCCGAGCGCGUCAUCCCCGUCACGGAGCAGGAGGAGCCCGCCGACGGGCUCGCCGACGUCGACUACAAGAAGAUCUUCGACGACUACAGCGCCGGCUACGGCGGCGGCCGCGCCUACGACGACUACCUCGAGAGCUUGAAGCGCUUUAAGGGCGGCCGGCGUCGCGACUACGACGCCGGCAGUGCGGAGGGCAACGGGGACGCAGGCAGCUACCACAAAGCCAAGUUCGAGAGCUAUUCCAUUACGGGCGACCACGAGGGCCACGAUGACGACGACGCUCAUAGCAAACUCUACGACCAGCACAGUCGCGGAGUCGAUGAGGAACGCAAAGGUACAGAAGACGACUCCCGGAUUUUUCAUAAAGUCUACGAGAAUAGCGGCGAGACAAACAACCAUAAAUACCUCGGUGAAAGAGUCAAAGCAUUCCCAGAUGAGCAUCAAUAUUAUGGAUCAAGCGGUAGAGGACACAAAUACGGUUCUUAUAAAUCUAAAGAACCCGAAGCUAAACAGGCAAAUGCCGGAGCCGCGAGUGCGGCGUCCGCAGGACAGGCGCCCGCCGAGCAGCCCGAAGGCGGCGCCGCGGACGCGGACCGCGCCGAGCGCAGCAGCUUCGACUACAAGGUUGAACACUGACGACGUGCUACAGAUGUUUGUUAUAGUUUUGUUAACUUUUGUAAAUACGUAUUCGUUGUAACUUAUAAGAUAAAAUAAGCCAUAAACUCA